CCUCAAGUCCCUAGUGACAUUUUAAGAGUUUGCUGUCAAACGUGUCCACAAGAGGGCACUUAGAGUGUAACUCCAGGAGAAAUGAGAGUUUCCAUUUGGAGAGUCUGCUGUGGAGAGAGCGUCCAGUUCAAGAGCAGGCUUGUAGGUGUCAGAACUUCCAGAAUAGUUUUUGCUGUUAAACUUGGAAUUUUGCAUCACAUUGAUCAUUUUAAACAUCAUUCAGAAAUGUGCCUGCUAUCUUGAAUGAGAGGAGUGUUGGUUACGGCCACAACUGAAUGUGUCUCUGUGACCCUGAAAACCUGCCGCAGCAUGUUACCACCUGUGAAGAAGGACCGGGUCAUCACUCACCUCCCGAAGUGUUUCAGUCCUCAUGCAGCCCUGCACACCAAAGAGGGCUUCCAUCCAAAGGUGAAAGCUGCAUGCCAGACGCAGAGGGCCAGGGCGUUGAGCUUUAAUGUGGCAAAGGUCAUCGUGGUGGGGGAUGUUGCCGUUGGGAAGACGUGUCUGAUCAGCAGGUUCUGUAAGGGUGUAUUUGAUAAGAACUACAAAGCAACCAUCGGGGUGGAUUUUGAGAUGGAGCGUUUCGAGGUGCUUGGUGUUCCUUUCAGCUUGCAGCUGUGGGACACAGCCGGUCAGGAGCGCUUCAAGUGCAUCGCUUCCACAUAUUACAGAGGAGCACAAGCCAUCAUAGUGGUGUUUGACUUAAGCAGUGUGACCUCUUUAGCGCAUGCAAGGCAGUGGCUGGAGGACGCCAUGAAAGAAAAUGACCCGUCCAGUGUUUUACUCUUCCUGGCUGGCACCAAAAAGGAUCUCAGUACCCCUGAUCAGCUGAAUUAUAUAGAACAGGAAGCCAUCAGACUUUCUGAGGAAAUCAAAGCAGAGUACUGGGCUGUGUCUGCAAAGUCAGGAGACGGCGUCAGGGACUUCUUCCUACGAGUUGCAUCUUUGACCUUCGAGGCCAACAUUUUAGCAGAGAUUGAGAAGAGCGGGUCGAGGCAGGUCAAAGACAUUGUCAGGAUCACGGACGGCGACCACAAAGCGAAGAGGAAAUCCAACUGUUGCUGAAACUGAGCUAAUGGUUGUUUGGAUUGAAGAAGCAAUAAUGCAUCAACUCAAGGCGGAAAACUCAGUCAAGAGGUGCAGGGAGGUCUUUGUCAGUGGAGAUUUUCAGAAUAAUGUCAACAGAUGCGGUGGUACAUUUUAAAAACGAUGUUAAAGGAAGUGUAUCUGCUGUGACUAAAACACACGUGAAAGCUCCAGCUUGGUGAGAUCCUUGUUGGUAUGAAGUUUUUAUCAUGAAUUCACACACUGGUAUCUUUGUAAAAGAAAGUUUCUGCUGCGGCUGAAAUGAAGCGUUUAUUCUCCUGGUUUUCUCACUGGCCUGCUGUCAUAUGACUCCGUGCUUCUAAUUCAAUGCGCACGCUGCCUCCAGUGACCAGCGUCAUGCCCAUAAUGCAGCUCUCCCCUCCUCAGGACUCAGGAGUUCACAUGAUCUUAAAAAUGGAGGGAUUGUUUUUUGGAAUGGGGAAAAAGCAGCAAGUUAUGUCCUAUUUUCGUGGUGAAUAAGAUGUGGUCAAGAAGAGCUCCUGCUUUUGCAAACCUCUGUGCACUCUCUUUAAAUGACUUCAAAAAAUCUUUCUUAUAAACAGUUUUUUUAAAAUAGAAUGUACACUUUGCCAUCUUUGACACUCCGUAUCAGAUAUCAUUGAUGGAAAUAAAAUAAUGUUGACCACAUAUGGAUUGUUUAUUAACUGCAGAUGAACCUUUGAAUAUUUAGGGUGGUUUGCCUUACAUUAAAAGGUAAAAAUAGCGACAUCAUGAUACUGCCUCCACCGUGCUGUACAAAACUGCUGCUUGACUUGCAUCUCCUCAAAACGACAAAUGAAGGUCUGUCUAAUACAUUUGAAUAAAACAACAUGUAGAAUA